AUGAAAAGCCUCUCACUCCAGGAAAGCAUCCGGCAUGAAACAUUGUUUAUGCGCUUUCAGCCAACGGGACUUUGCCGUUUAGCAAAGCACGCGUGCCACUGCACCAUGCAGUGCUCCGAAGAGAUGCAGGGGCAGUUUGGUGCAAGGUGCUUCAGCUCAUCCCAAGCAGUCCUGGAAAGAGGCGGUGCCACAACUUUGCAAAAAAUCCUUUUGUUCCUUGGCGCUCGUCGCCGCGAUGUGGCUGAGCAAAUGGCACCAACAAAGGAAAGCAAGGUUUGCCUCGUUCAGAUUGCGUGCGGCUCACGGAGCAGCACGCCUGGAGCUUGUCAUGUUCCCGCCAAUCAGGCAACAGCCCUUGCGCGGUCAGGAUUGAAACCGUUGCGGUGUCUUGAUGGGAGAGUCAUGCUUGGCAGGAAGGUUGCCAGGCCAAGUAUGGCUCAGCCUCCAAGCAAAGCCGCGCUUAAAACCCUCCCAAGUUGUUGGGGAACACGUUUAUGUCGUGCUGCCAAUGUCUCCUCAUCGUGCUUUGCAGCACUGAAGACGGCAGCGCAUGCCAUUGCAGGCAUUGUUGCAAGCUUGCAACCUUUGAGCUAG